AUGUCCUAUUCUCUUUACCGCCGUCUCCAUAAUGUCUUCACCAACACCGCUAAAUCCCAAGUCCUUGCAGCCAUCGCCGACGCCAAACCCAAAGUUCCUCCACCCUUCAACCCAAUCAGUGAACCCGAAUCCUCCAAAGAACAGAAAUUUCGGCCACUGAUUCGUAAAUUCAAGUAUUUGUCAAAAGAUCCCAGAUUCCGCUGCAGGCAUGUAAAUUAUGAAUCUUUCGUACGACGACUCAGCCGAACCCAACAGUUCUCAGCUAUUGAAGAUAUCCUCGAGCACCAAAAAAUUUACCCAGAAAUAGAAGAUGAGGGUUUCGUUGUACGACUCAUUUCUUUGUAUGGGAAAGCGGGUAUGUUCGAGCAAGCCCGGAGACUGUUCGACGAAAUGCCUGAGUUAAACUGUGAGCGUACAAUCAUAUCAUUCAAUGCUCUAUUGGCAGCUUGUGUUAACUCAAAGAAAUAUGAUAAAAUUAGUGAGAUUUUCAGGGAAUUACCUGGGAAAUUAGCUAUUUAG